AUGGGAAAAUAUUUUCAUGCUUUCAUACUUUGUUCUGGAUCAUGUUUCAUCAUCUCUUCACUCAUGGCAGGUGAUUUGUGGAAUGAUGUGGUCAUGGUACGUGAGGACACGUCUGUCACCCUGUCCUGCUUUGAUUCACCACCCACAUCUUCUGUACUGGUUACCUGGAAGAUGAUGUCAACGAGGGAGGAUCGCUGGUCAUAUUUGUUAUCAGCCACCUGCAUCGAUGGACAAACAGAUGGACGCAGCAGCAGAGUAUUUGGAGGCAGAACUUUUGAGAUCUCUGCCGAUGCCUCACUGAUCUUCAGAGCCGCAGCAGCUGCGCAAGGACGCUACUCCUGUGUGAUAGAGCAGGAUGACAAGAAGCUACAAGAGAGGAUUGUUCUUCUCGCCCUGAUUAAAUUAACUGUCACUCCCACGCCCCCUGUCACAGUGGACAGUACUCUGAGACUGGCAGCUCAGGUGUCUCCCUCCUCCGUGGUUGCCAAGGGAACGUGGGUGUCUCCCUCGGGUGAACAGCUACACACUGAAAUCUCCUAUGGAACGGGCAGUCUGCUCAGCAAGCUGCCUCGCGUCACCAGUAAAGACAACGGAGUCUAUACCUGCAGAAUCCAUGUCCAUGGUAACAGUGGCAAUUCUGUCUCAGAGCACCGGGUGAAUGUGACAGUGAACGUGAAAGCUGUGUUUUCUUUCACAGACGUGACACAUGGAGACCCAAGGUCUUUGGCAGCCCUCUCUCGUUCACUAGUCACUCUAACAUGUCCUUCUGUCCUUGGUGACUAUGUGUUGCUCUACUGGGAGUAUCCUGAUUCAAAAAGAAUGGAGCUCAUAUUCCAGUUUGACCGCUGGAGGCGGAGCUACACCAACCAGACCAAACCCCACCUUCAUUUGAUAAACCCCGCCUCCCUGGCUGCUGCUGGGAACUUCUCCUUCCUUUUAAGCCCGGCCCUGAAGGAUGGAGGACUCUACUUGUGCGAGGUCUUCCUGGAUGACAAGGCUUUCAGUCAAGCCAACAGACUCAGUGUUUUACAUGGAUACACCAAGUCAUCCCGCACCGCUCUGGAUCUGAGUUGUAUGUACUCUGAGCGAUCUCAAGUCAAAACUGUGAGGUGGUCGUAUGUUAAGAAUCCCACUCGCUCUCUGCAAUCAGCUGCAGUUUUGGGCCGGAUCACAACAUCUGUAGCGCUCCCUGUGACCCCAGAGACGGCAGGACAGUAUGCCUGUACUCUGUAUCUGAAAAAUGGAAACUCAGUGCAAUAUAUGUACACCGUCACAAUGGUCAAUAUAGAUCCAACCAUUUCUCCAGGCCCUGCACUGCCACCUGCAGCAGAUGUUUCAGCAUCCUCUUAUGUUUCCACCUUCUCAUUCCUCCUAUUUCUGAUCCCCCUGAUUGCCGUAGCUGUUGGGGUGUUGCUAUGGAGACAGGGCUAUUGCGUCACCGGUCGAAGUGUCGAGCAAUCGCUGUCUCACCACUCCAGAGAGGUGGAGAACAUCUAUGAAAAUCCUGAUGAUCUAAGACAGACACCUCCCCAAGGCGCAGUCUACAUGGAUCUCAAGCCAACGGGUGAAACGGAUGUAUAUAAAGAAUUAGAUAGAUACAACCAGUGCUGUGGUUGAGUUUAUUAAACAUAUAUAACGUAUGUCGA